CUCGCUUUACAAUUGCGGUUGUUAUAUUAUAAGGUCGAUGCCCACGACUGUCAGCAAUAUUGAUCACCCGCAUGUUUUUCUCUAGUUCGCCCACGCCCUCAUUUUGAUCCUAUACACUUCUAUGUGUAAAUAAAUUAUAGUAGACUUAUAUAAUUAUGGAAUAAAAAGAUUAAGACUCAUCUAGAAGUACCUCAACCUGCACUCUAGUUAUAAUGAAAAACACGGAGAAAGAGUUCUAGUUUUCCAUGAUCAUGAAUUAUCAUAGUUGAUAAAACUACGUUUCAUCUUGCACUUCUUGAUUUUUUGCUUUUUUGCUCAGUAUCCACAGGCGCAAUCUUCAUCUUCUAGUUCUAGUAGUGUAACAUACUUAUUAAUUCUGUAGUUGAUGAUCUAGAAUACUCAGAAUGGACGAAUAACACGAACCUCUACCGCCCAGUGGUGGUCUUCCUGCGACUUCGUUGAAAAGAAACUCGAAUAAAGCGACCGCCAAGAUGGUGAUGGAGAAGGAAACGACAGCAGUGGGGGACUCUGCGGACCAAAAGCGCAGUACUACUGCUAAAGGUGUACGCGAGCCGCCAUCGGAAGUUAUGAAAAACGAAGAUUCGAUCACGAUAACCAGUAUCAUUUUUCUAGUACGAGUUCUAGUACAUCACUUUCCAGGACAUCAUAGGUCAUCCUAGCUGCACUUCUGGAGAAAGUGCACUGGAACUAGUAUCAUUGUUCUAAAUCCUCCUCCUAGCUGCACUUUUAUCUCUCUAAUGUUAAUUCAACCUCUACUACUCUAGUGUUAUUAAUUUCAACAACCUCCUCUAAUCCGGAACACGAACAAGAAUGGAUACGAUUACACACGACCUUGUUGAAGAUCAUUCAAAGAACGGAUUGCGGCGUGAUCAUCUUUGCGCAGGUUAGGCCAUUGCUGGAACAAGAAUGGGCGGUACCUACUUCGGGAACCUUUGACUUGAGGAAAGCGACAUGGGGAUACGAUUAUGGCUUCCUUGGUUGGUGUCAUCUAUAGUAUAAACAUGUUGAUUUAAAUGUUCUAAGAUGAAGAUGAAUCUUAAAAUGAUGCUGAUAACGAAGACGUUCUUUGUUCACAUGUUUACAUGUUCACAUGUCUUUUGUUUCGGACAUUCGUGGUUUUGUAGUUCUGGGUUUAUUUGAUGAGGACUUCGAAUUUCAUUUUUUAUACCACGCGGCAACCUUUUUCAACCUCUAAUACAUAUACACAAAGUUUCGGCAUCUAGUAUCAGAUGUGCUCCAGUGGUUGGCAACGAACGAUGAAAGCGCGGCCAUGCGUCUGGAGAAACUCAAAUUCUCUGCUGACCAGUUCGCUGAUCCUGAUCUAUGCCUAGUCCUCGUCGACAUGUACGAGAAAAAUAAGGACAAGCUCGUCCCGAUCCCGAAGAACAAGGCUGCAGCUAUACCAAGAAGAGCAGGAAAACAAGAAGGCGAAGAGGCUCCACCCAGCAGUCACACAGAGCACCGAAUACUGGAACAAGCUGUCCCUUCGGCCACGUCAAAUAAAAGUAAAGAUUCCACUUCUGCGACAACUUCUUCCAAGAAGAAAGCAGAGAAACAAAUAAAGGUAAAGGAUGGGACGGCGAAGAACAAUAAAGGUACAACAUCUCAAGAAGAAGAUCGCCAACGGUUGAUGGCAACCAGAGGUACAACAUCUUCGACGUCUUCGUCGACGCACCAUCAGAGAAAUUCAAAUGCGUCUAAGAAAGGUUCUGGUAAAGGCGGUAAGGGUAAGAACAGCAACAAUGUCAACGAGCAGAGGAGUACUACGGUUGCCUCCAGCACGACUCUGAAGAAAGGUUACAACCAUGGCGAACGGGGUUCUUGGUUUCCUCCGAAAGUGAGGCAUCAACAACGCUACACUUACCAGUCACCUUCAACUUUUGCUGGGUACUACACCUACCAUGAUGUUGGGGACAAUGGUGCAGUUGAUCAGCAUCUAGUAAGUAAUGGAAAUGGCGCUCUUCUUGGCGAGGAACCCCAACAUCUUUCGCAUUCAUCUCUGUUCGCGGCCGAUAUCAAGAACAGGACCGCUGCAGCUACGUCUGCGUCCUAUCUCGACCACACGGCAUUGAAAAGCGCUUACGAUCAUGAUUAUCAACGUAGUUCAUCUACUCUAUUUCAACAUCCGUCAGCACAUAAUUAUGCGAUCAGCACGACAGAGGAUCACAGUCCUUACAUUGGCGGCUACCACGUGAUAGACCCUCAAACGGCAGAGUAUCACUCAGUUUUUCUUGAUGCCAAUGGAGGAGAGCAUAUCGUGUACCCGCCAGCAGCGGGAGCAAUUUUCUAUCCGCCCCCGUAUCUCUUUGACGGUGCAGCUGGACUGCAACUACAUGGCAGUGGACUACAUGGAGGUGCUGGUGGGUUACUACACUCAGCCACAUCACUGCAACAUACAUCACUGCAACAUGAUUCCGAAGAGGCACAUCAUGAGGACCACUUGAUGAACUUGUUUCCUUUCAGCAGUAGUUCGAUGCUGAUGAAUCCGAGUCUCUUAUUCCCACCUACAACAUCGACGUCAAGCUCCUCGAUCAAGGUGAAGGUAGACUCCGUCGGAGUAGUAGCUGCAAUUGGCGAACGUGAAGAAGGAGGUGUCGUGUCCUCAGCACUGGGCGAACGUGAAGAAGGAGGUGUCGCGUCUUCAACAUCUUCAACACCUGCACCGGGAAUCGCGGGAGAUCCAGCUGAUGGAGGUGGCAGAGCUUAUAUCGUUGGAGAAACAGAACAAGCCCAAGCUGGUCGGGGAGCCUCGACUUCUUCCUCGGACUCAAAGAGCAAGGCCAAGGGCGGCGGCAAGAAGCGCCAGAACAAGAAAAAGAAAACCACUGGAGCCGGAGGUGAAGAAGAGCAGGGGAAGAAAACCUCCACCACAGCGUCACCCACGGACCCAAAAGAGGAGAUGAACGAUAGAAAAAAGUCGCCAAACCCAGGAGCAGCUGUAGCUCCUGAAGACGGAUCCUUGCAUCUGCAGACACAGAAAGAGAAAGUCGAUCUUCUUCAUACAUCAGAGAAUGCUGAAGGUAUUAAACUGGAGCCACAACUUCUAAACGAUUUAGAUUUACCAACAUCCGAGGAACUAAUCGUCUCUCUAGAGGACUCUCUAGAAGAGGAAGCAUCAGAAGAGAAGGUUCUUUCUGGAUCUGGGGUCCUCGUAGGGGCUACAACUAGUAGUACUAGUACGAAAAUGAUAACAGGAUCCUCUUCUGGAUCGUCUUCUGCCACUGCCAGUUGUAAUCUUCAGCAUCCAAGCAAGAGCAGGAGAGUGGACGAGCAAGAGCAUCAACUUCAGCGUCUGAUCGAAGAGCUAGACCAGAGCAAAGCGGCGCAAAGCCAUGCCUGUUUCGAACGGGACCAGCUACGAAAUGAGAACGUGGCACUGCGGGAUGCGAAUUUCAGCCUAAUGAAUUCGAUGCGCAAGAUCAAGAUCGAGAACGUGGAGUUGAAAAAACGAAUUUCCGAGUUCAAUGCCAAAGCGCAUGAAACCUAUCUGAAAUCGCUAUCAGACGCUAAUUGGUGGAACUCUCAGGUUGUCAGAACUUCUGCUGGUGGACAUCAUCCUAGGACUAGUGCCGCAUCAGCGUCAGUGGUGGUAGAUCUAGCCGCUCCUCCAAUACCUUCGACCGCGCCUUUGCCUCCUGGAGCACUGCCGGAGGUAGCGGAACCUCCUUACAACACCGGAACUUCUAGUGGCAUAGCUACGGGCACCAUCAUGACGGCGUCUACUCCCGGAGGAGCUGGAGGUGACGCGUCGACUUCAUCUUGUUUAUUGCCAGGUUCGCUACCUACUUCAUCCUCGAUUCUGAAUAUGAGCAUGUCCACUGGCAAGACGAGUUCAACACCCGGUCCUCUCGGAGGUGGUACAACUUCUACUUGUCCAAGCACGACACAACUCAACAUAGCUGGCGUUGUAGAACCCGGCAUCGUGCAGCAUCGUGCGGCACUGCUGCAGCGGGGAUCGGGUUUUGCUGCCACUACGCCACCGACCAUGCUAGAGCAGGUGCAGCCGACAGGACAUCCGCCACUGCAAUUGCCCUCGACACGCAUAAAACAAGAGAUGCUCUCGACGUAUCAACUGCCUCUUGUUUCCCCAGGAGGCAAUGAGCAGGUUGGUGGUACAACUACAACAAGCGCUAUAGUUGGUGCCACAACUACAAGCGCUAGUAAUAUAUUCGCGAGCAGCUACAACUCUGGAACGGCAGGAGCACCUGGAGCAGGAUGUUCUCCCGGGACUGCACAUGGCGCGUCUUCUUCAUCCACUUCUAGUAGCUCCAGUUCCUCGACAACAACAGUUGUUGUGAAGACCAACAACAAUCUUCUGAAUGGAAUAGAUUUGAAUGGAGCUAGUGGAUGUGGACCCCAUCAUGGGCAACUACAACUUAAUAAUAGUACAGCUGGUGGUGCCACUUCCUCCUCCAGUACUACAGCUCCUUCUACCACUGUAACAACUACAGGCGGGGGGCUUGUGAGUCAGACUAUCCAGCACCAAGUCCAACAGCAACCGACUUCGCCUAGUCCUCUCGUCGUCGGUGGCUCUUUACUACGAGGCCCUGUCCAACAUCCUGGAGGGGAGCAGCAGUUAUCCAUGCAUUCCUUCGAUUUUCUGUCAGCGCAAACCAGUGGAGCAUCAACGUCCACAACGUUCUUGAGUGGACAACACACACCCCGUUUCAGCCAACCCAGUCCUGGACCGAAGAUUGUGAUUCCGUUCUCACGUGAUGACCGGGUCUUUAUUCCUCAAGGCAUUGUUCAACAGAAGAAAGGACAAUUCGACUCGACUUGA